AUGAUGGGCAGUAUCGAGCUGAAUCUUAAGGAGACCGAGCUGUGUCUUGGUCUUCCCGGCGGAUUGACCGGAACCAAGAGAGGAUUCUCGGAGACGGUUGAUCUGAAACUCAAUUUGAACAACAAACCUGAAAGCAAGGAAGUUUCUAAGACUCAUCAUGACGUCGUGACUUCUGUUUCUAUAGAAAAGAGUACAUGUCCUAAAGAUCACACCAAGCCUCCUGCCAAGGCACAAGUUGUGGGAUGGCCACCGGUGAGAUCAUACCGAAAGAACGUGAUGGUUUCGAGCCAAAAGUCAAGCGGUUCCACGGAGAUGGCGGUGUUUGUAAAGGUUUCGAUGGACGGAGCACCGUACCUGAGAAAAGUAGACUUAAAGAUGUAUAAGAGCUACAACGAACUCUCUAAUGCUUUGUCCAACAUGUUCAGCUCUUUUACCAUUGGAAAAAAUGGAGGAGAAGAAGGAAUGAUAGACUUCAUGAAUGAACGGAAACUUAGGGAUGUCGUGAACAGUUGGGACUAUGUUCCCUCUUAUGAAGACAAAGACGGUGAUUGGAUGCUCGUCGGCGACGUCCCUUGGCCAAUGUUCGUUGAUACAUGCAAGCGUUUACGUCUCAUGAAAGGAUCUGAAGCCAUUGGUCUCGCUCCGAGAGCAAUGGAGAAAUGCAAGAGCAGAACUUGAAGUUAAAAAUGUAAGUGGUCAGGAUCAUAUAUAUUUAAUUAACACAUUUAUGAGUGUUAAUUAUGCUUUUUACGCUGAAAAUUAUUGUUCAAUAUCUGCAUUUUCUUUCAGUUGUCUGUUUUGAUCUGAAUUAUAUGUGGUGUGUAGAUAAUGAACUUAAGUUAAAUUUGUGAGACGUUUGUAAUGAAAAAUAUGUAAUAAUUUGAACAUAUUUUUUGUGUUCAUCUUUCUUUUUUGCUAAGAAUGUGUAAAUAUGACUAGAAAAUGCCCUAUAA